CCAUGGUUAAUUCUCCGUCGGGGCUCCCAUUGGGCCGAGCUGUUGAUCAUGGCCGUCCAUUGGAUUUGGCACGCCUUCCCUGCUAUGAUCCUUCUCGUCGUUGCUUUGCUUCCUUGCCUGCCCCUCCGACAGAAUUUGAAGUUGCCCGUUGGAGACUUGGGCGCUUGGGAUCUCCUCCACGGCACUGACCCAGCAGAUCCCGCAUCCAUUGCGUAGAAGC